UUUGUUGCAUUCUGCGUGGAUGGAUCGCGAAUUCCUUUGCUCUUCGUAUUGGAUAGUGUUAUAGGUUAUUAGCAAAGCGACAAGAAGUGAUAAGAUUUUUUCUGCAUUGUUUUUUCACCGAUUUGUUCGCUAUCAUAUUGCGGCAGUUUGCAAACGAAAAAACCAAAGGUGUUCCGUAAAACCAUUUCUUUUGGUUAAGGAAGAUGUUUUAUGGAUUGAACUAAUACGAACGACAGAUCCGUACAGUAAAAUUUGUGAUCACAAUGAACAGUUCCGGACGUUUCCAAUCGGCCAAGAAUCUCCAGCCAGCCCGAUCUCUCCGCACACCGGCUCAGAACCGUAACGGACCAGGAAAUUUUGGUCUUGCUCCCGAACAGAUCAACGUCUAUCAGACGGGUCGCCAGCAUGCUGGCAAUGCUGGCAUCAGUGGACAAAGGCUGCUUUCCAACGGUAAUAAUAACAACGGGUAUCGCCUCUCGAACAACAAUGGGUUCGCCAACAAUAAUAACACCGCAGCAUAUUCCGGUAGCAAAAGUGGCCAGCGUCGACAUGACGUUCUUCGUUCACCGAACACAAGUUUCGGAAGUAAUGUCAGCGUGGCAAGUAGUGCGAGCAGUGGAAAAGAAAUCCAUACCAUCGUAACCUUCAGCUCGAUCACUUUGGCCGUUGGAAGUCAGCACGAGGUGUAUGUCUCGUUUGUCGAAAAUGGACCAAAGUUGUUCACGGUACAGCUGCAGAAAAUAGAGAGCUCACUUAACCAGAUGAUGGCCGCGCUGGAACAUGUUCCAUUGCGGAAUCUCACCCACAAGCCAACUUUGGGGAUGGCUUGCAUUGCAAGAUAUUCGCAAGACAAGAUGCUGUACCGGGCGUUGAUUAUGGGGAUUAACGUUGAUUCCUGUUUGGUUUCGUAUGUGGAUUAUGGCAAUACAGAAACGGUUGAAUUCAAGAAUCUCUAUGAGAUUCCACCGGAGUUCCUCAAACACAAGGUAUUCUCCAUGCGAUUUACUUUAUCGAAUGUGAAAACGCUGGAAGAUACCAAUGCUGAUAUUGCUGGGAUAUUCUCUUCGUUGGUGCUCGACAAGUUACUCACCAUGAAGGUAAUGCCUCUGGAAGGACCAGCAUUCGUGCAGUACUGCGAACUAUACGAACAGAAUCAGAACAUAUUCGACAAGCUUCUUGCCAUGUGCAAGUCAAAACCACUCAAAUUUCCUCCUGGAAUCUCACUAGAGGGCGGAGACAAUUGUAUGAUCAUUAUCCGAUAUAUUGAGUCGUGCAAGCAGUUCUAUGUCCAGCCGGUUGAGAAUGUUGAACGUUUUGAGAAUUUAAUGGACCAACUGGCAGCUUUCUGUCGUAAAAGCUCUACUAUGAACGUGAUGAAUCCAGGGGAUCCUUGUGCCGCCUGUCUGGAUGCAGAGGAAUGCUAUCGAGCUGAGGUUGUGAGUGUGGUUGGAAAUAAGGUGAAGGUACGACUCGUUGAUUAUGGCAACACAAUCACGUUGGAGAAAAAUCAAAUCAAGCGUCUGUCGCCGACAUUUGUCGAUCAACAACCCCAAGUAGUUGAGUGCUCCCUGGAAGGAUUUCAGGACGACACGAACAACGACAAUCUUUCAACCACUCAACUCGAAAUGCUUGCUGAGAACGAAAGCGGCGGACGAAAUCAAUUCAAACUUACUGUUUUGGACGUUGUAAAUGGGGUGGCAAUCGUGAAUUUACUUGACGGCAGUAUCACUCCGGUGUUGAAUGUUUCAAAGCGACUUCUGAAAUUGAAAAACCCGCCAAAGUUUAUCAAAGAGCAACAAUAUCAACAGGCUCAGCAAAAGUUAUCCGGCGUUAAUAAACAACAACUCUACCAAGCUCCUCAACAACCACUACCACAGCAACAAGGUCCUAUCAUCAACACGAAGAAUCCAUUCCACUCAUCUCUGAUGAUAACGGACGUUCCAAACUUAUCACAAUCUUCGCCCUCUCCACGAAUGACGGAAACUGAAGUAAUUGAUUUGACUAACGAUGAGUGGACAGCGACUACACAGCCACUCGGUAAUCAAAACUCGGGAUAUGAUCAGCAACAGGCCAACAUUAACUACGGGAACGCCACAUACCGGAACGGUGGUGGUAGUGUUCGCAGUGAUCAAUCUCGAAGUGGUCGUGAUAGUCAGAUCAGCUCUCAUGACUCCAACAGCAGUUUUGGUAAUAUCAACAAAAGGGAGCGCUUUCAAAGGCCGGACAUUCCACGAUUCAAUAAGGAUAGGAAUCAAACACCGUAUUACGUAGAACAUGACGAUCGCUGCGAGGAUAGAAACAACAAUUAUGACAACCAGGACGUCCGCUAUCGGGAGAAGACCACAGGGCAAAGAAAUCGUAACGCCACUGGAAGCGGCAGUGAGUCAUCCGGUUUUAGUAGCCAACCAGCUGAGAAAUCAAGUAUAGUCCAGGACACCUCCAAGUCUUCGAUUGUUAGCAUCGAGCCGGCUGAAGAUUAUGUUCCAUAUGAGUUUGCUCUCGCAGAUCAAAUCAUCCCAAUGAACACCAAGAUCGGGAUCAAAUUGACCUGGUGGUUUAGCCCCGAGGAAUUCUAUGUGCGUAUGAAGGACGAGGAGAAUCAGUUCGAGGAGAUGAUGAAGUUUAUCCAGAAAUUCUACAAGAAUAAACCGGCUGUUGGUGAGGUUCCUCCGAAUGGUUCCCUGGUGAUCGCUCGCUUCCAAAAACAUAACACAUUCUACCGGGCGCGGAUUGUUAAAUGCAACGAGUUGUUGAAAAAAUUCAAAGUGGAACUGAUCGAUUGCGGUAACAAAUCGAUCGUUACCCUCGCUGAUCUGUGGAAGCUGGAACGACGCUUCGCUAAGCUGCCAAAGAUGGCUAUUAAAUGCACGCUGGCCAACAUCAAGUUGAGCUGCGAUGCAAGCGAGCUGGAGAACAAGAUCGAUAAGUACGUCAGCAACGAGCGGUCCAUUGAGUGCGUGUUUUUGGACAGGAGCGACGACAAAUACAUAUGUGAUAUCGAAACGCAGGGUGCUGAUCUAAAAAUGGCACUGUUGAAGGAUAAUUUGGUUUCCCAAAUUCUCACCGACAUUGACCUGAGCAGGCUGAAGGGCCAAACGCUCAAACUGAAACUGGUCGAGCUGAAGAGUCUGGACCGAUUCCGGGUGAAGCUUCUCGGCAACGAUGCCAUUCUGAGCUGUCGCCAUGGGGAGUGUGGCGUUUACGAGCAGCAAACCGUCGUGGACGAAAUCCAAAUCAGUUGGUUGGAUCAGUACUGUUUCGGGCAGAUCGAAGACGUGUCAAAUGAUGAGAGAUUGAUACUAACGCUGCUGAUUCCACCACUGUCUAACCAGGUGCCGCCGACCAUUGCGGAUAUGCCUAUUCUGCUGGGCAAAUUCAACGUUUUCGUCACCUACGUGUACGAGAUGAACUGUGUUUACGUGCAGAACGCUCGAUGGGCUCCGGAGAUUGGUAAACUGCUGGAUGAUAUGUACGACUACUACGAGAAAAGCGGAGAAGUUAUCACGAACCUGCAGAUGAACGAACUGUGCGCGUCGAAGUCCAGCGACGGGAAUUGGUACCGUUCGAAGAUAGUUUCGCUGCAGGAAAUUGACAAUAUCGAGGUCGUCUUCGUGGACUACGGAAGCCGGGAACGUGUCAAGCACCAGGAUCUGAAAGUGUUGGAACCACAGUUCCGCGAGUACAGCGCUUUCGCACAUCGAGUGUACCUACCGAUGGCGUGUUUGAACGAGGGCGAAGAGGAUGUGCUCAAGCUGGAAAUCGCUCAGCUCACGGGAGAUUACGAACUGACGCUGAAGGUGUUGGACUACAGGAAUGAUAUUUGGAUUGUGGACAUCACUUCCAACGAUUAUAGUAUCGUGCAAGCGCUGAAGGAUAAACAGCUGGUUAGGGACCUGGAUUACGAGGAGAUCGUAAACAGGAAAUCGCUAGCGGCGAACGACAGCGUGGAAGCUGCUACGCUCAGCAGUAUGGAAGAUGAAGAGAACGAACAAAGCCAUCAGAAGAUUAAGGCAUUUGUGAGCCACGUAGACAAUCCUGGUCAGUUGUUUGUUCAGAUGAGUACCGACUUGGACGAUUUGGAUCAGCUGCAGGAAAACUUGCAAAUUAUUGCUCAAGCUUUGCCCAAGCUCAAAGAUUUCUCGGUGAAUCGAUACUGUAUCGCACCGUAUUCCGCCGAUGAUUUGUGGUAUCGGGCACGUAUCAUCGACAGCCACGAGGAUUUGAUUAUUCAGUUUAUAGACUAUGGCAACAGUGAUGUGGUGACCAGUAAUAAGAAAUCUGAACUGAAGGAUGUGAACGACAGUCUGAUGAAAUUUAAGACUUACGCGAAGCAAUGCGCCCUUCUGGUGAGCCCUGGCGGAGGCAAAAAAAGUUGGAACGAGGAGGCGACGCUGAUUCUGCGAGAGGCGAAGGAAGUGGACAUUCAAAUAUUGGCCGAAUCCCAAGGGGUGCACUAUAUUACUAUGAAGUGUGGAGAGCUGGAUCUGACUGAGGAGCUGGUGGCAAAGCAGCUGGCGGUGAAGAUGGAGUAUGUGCUUUCUGGACAGCGAUGCUUCACGAGCCACAUCGAGUCGAUCCGUGAGUUUUAUCUACAGCUAGAACGAGACAUAAAUCCACUGGACGUCAUGGCGGACUAUCUGGCAAGAUAUGAGGAGUUUGCAGUGGUUGAUAAGCCAAUCGUUGGAUCUGUUUAUGUUGCCGAGUUUCCAGACGAUGGACUUUGGUACAGAGCGAAGAUUCUGAGGGUGAUCGAUGCACAGAGGUUUGAAGUGUUCUUCGUUGACUACGGCAAUACAUCUGUCGUGAGCAAUGUGAGGGAUUUGGAGAGAAAAAUAGCUGAACUGUCGUCCCUCUGCAUUAAAUGCACAUUGAAACUGCCAGAGAAUGUCAAAACGUGGUCCGAGGAGGCUGAGGCCAAGUUCAAAGAAAUCGCUGCUAUGGGAGAGACCGUGUUUACAGUUGAUUUAUGCACCCCCGGAAUGAUUGCGACGGUGGAACUAUUCCUGGAUGGAAUCAACAUCAAUAACCAGCUGAUGGACCUCUGUGAGAAGGGAGUCUCCGGGAUUAUGAAUUCAAGCUUUUACCUCAGCGAAGAGAAGACUCUGGACGAAAGCUUCCCAUCGGAAGGAUUUGUGUUUGUUAGCCAUGUUAACUCGCCGGCUGAUUUCUUCAUCCAAUUCAUGAACAGUGUCGAUGCUCUCAAAAAUAUGGAGGAGCUUCUGACGAGCAAAGCAAAUCAGUGCGAAAGGCUGACGCACGAUGAAAUUUACGAAGGAAUGUAUUGUUUGGCCUAUCUCGUCUCGUACGAUAAGUUCUACCGUGCCCAGAUUAUAUCAGCCACAAGCACACAAUACAACGUGCAACUGAUAGACUAUGGGUUCACCUCGUUUGCGACGGAUCUUAGAAAAAUGCCCGCUGGAAUAGAACAAAUCUCCCUGCUGGCCAAAAAGUGCUGCCUCGAAACGUACGGUCCAAACAACGAUGCCGUAGUCGAAGCGGUCCAGAAGCGAUUCAUUGCGCUAACCGAUUCGGGUCGGGCUCAGUUCUCGUUCGAAAUUGUCCGCAACGAUUGCGAACCGAAUCUCAUCCGGUUGUUCACCCAGGAUGGCCGCAAUGUGGAAGAUCUGCUAGAGUAUGAGCGUACGAAGCAUUCCAACAGCAAGACGCCUUCCGCAGCGGUCGCUCCGCCGCCGCCUACACCCGCAGAUCUAGUCAAAACGGGACGCGCGAGACCGAAGCAGGCUUUCUAUCGCGCCAAGAGUGAUCUCGACUUUGAACAGUAGCACAGUGUGUUACUGCUGUGUGCAGUGUUAUUGAAGUAGUGAUAAAGAAACGAAUUCCGAACAAAAAAAAAAAAACAAUACCAAAACGAACGAAGAGAUUACUAACGAUUUGUAGUCAAUACUUCAAGUUAUUUAUUUGAUUAUAUUUUGUUUUUUAUUUAGGAACCGAUCGAUCGAUUGGCAGAAGAGAGAAAGAGAGGCGGAGUAAACCUCAUCCAAUAAUUAUCCUCAUUUCUCAUCACCUAGUUUUUAACACUGAAAUGUGAACGUUUAUUUGAACCAUUUCCUUGCACCUAUUUUGCUUUGAUUUCAAUUCGAAUUGGCGACAUUUGCACAGGAAGGUGUUGAAACUGUCAUAUCAUAAAAAGCAAUGAGCAAUACGAUAUCAACAUACGUCCAAUAUGAAAAUAGAAAACCUCACCUAACUUGUAAUAAACCCGUUUACCGAACUGAUCUUAUGAUUUCUAGAUAGUGAACUGAUAUAUUUAAAACAAACGCUGAAUGUAGACAGCAAGAUAACAGAACGCAAUAAACCGAGGAGCCUUACGACAGUGUGCAGCAGCAGCACAUUUAUAGUACACUCAUAGCAUGCAGCGCAAAGCGAUGCCUUAAUGAAAUAUUUAUUAUAUUUAUACUCCACGGGAUCUAACCGAUAUAUAGCGCCGUGAAAAAGCUAUAAAUAAAACAUAGAUUUUGUAAA